CGUCGUCUUUUGCCACUCCGCAUUCCAGCUUUGCAUUCCCCUGCAUCGCACACCCAUCUCACAGCCUUGUUCUCUCGCAAAACAACAUUCUCAGACAAAGCCACGACAUGCCGUCCCUCGAUGCCGUUCUUGCCGGGUUCCAGCCCUUCGUCAAGAGUUCCACGACCGCCGCCGCGUACUCGUCGAUGCAGGACGAGCGUGUGCAUGUUCGCGCCGGAGAGAUAGAGAGACUGAACGCCCUUAUCUCAGUCAUUGAGACGGCGGAAGUCCCGGUGGACCACAGCAGCGACCUCUCCGCGAGGCUCUCAGCGAGCAGCGAGCAUCGCCAGGCGUUCGUCAACCUGGUCGAGAAGAUCGCCGCCCGCGAGCAGUCGCUCAUUGAGGACGGCGCCCUCCACCAGUGCUUCACCCACUUCUCCCUGGCGCAGAAGGUCCUCCUCCUCUAUGCCCUCGAGAAAAACCGCUCCAUCCCCGAGGAGUUCGUCGCCGACAUGAACGAGCUGCGCGGCCUGCUGUCCAGCGCGAUCGAGCUGGACUACCAAGUCGGCGCCGAUGGCCUAGGAGACCCCGCCCAGCAUGGCGUUGUCGUGGACGCCGCCGACUUCGUCUUCCUCACGCGCCGCGCGUGCGAGCUGCUCGCGCCCGAGGUGGGCCUGCGCCCGAUCGAGGUUCUCGAGGAGGACGGCUACACGUUCCGCCUCGACUCGACGGAUCGCGAUACCCCGAACGUCAAGGUCGUCGUCCCCGCGCCCGCCCACCAGCUGCGCUUUAUGCGCCCCGUCGGCACGGUGCAGACCGCGGAGGAGGUGCAGGAUACCCAUGCUCUUUUGGAGGCCCUGAAAGGCUGGCGCGCCAUGUUCCAGGCUGCCUACGAGCCUAUCCUCGUCACCUACUGCGACGCCGUUGGGCCCCUCUUCAUCUACGACACCGAUGACUACUGGAGCGACGACUCGGACAGCGAGUCUGACUACUUUGCCUGCGAGUCCGACACUUCAGACAGCGACAGCGAGUCCGACGCGGACACCUGGUAAAACUGGACAGCUACGAUAAUAAUGAUGUUUGCCGCCUCUGGACCUAUCCCGAACUACCCAUACCGUCGCAUAUCAUCCUUCACCUUCCUCGACACCCUUUUUUUCCAUCACUACGCUCCCCGUACCCGCAUUUACCUUGUAGAAUAAAAUACUGUACUGAUCACGGUAACAUUCCGGACUACAUAUCGCUCACCUUACUCACAAUCGGCUGGAGAUACAAGCACUGUAACAUAGAUCUGACUGAAGCAUCACAAAUAUUAUUUAUGGAAACAGG